AUGUUGCAAUUUUAUAUACAUUAUGUCUGGAUCAGGGCCAACGCAACGGGAUGUUGGGUGAUACAAAGAUCGCAUGUUGUAUAUCAAAAUGAGUUUUGUGACUUCCUCUCGAAGGUCGUCCAGCUCAUUCGAUUACUUACACCGAUCUGCAAUGGUCUAUUUCUAAAGCUUGAAACUGUACAGAAAAGAGAACUCGGGACAGAAAUCCGGCAUGCUUUCAUCACUUUAUUCAUGCACCACUCACAUGACCACCUAUACGAUAUCGUUGAAGCGUCGCGCUUUGCAACCUUUUUUUCCACCUGUAUGCCACUUUCGGAAGCUGCAAGAUACGUUUCUAUCUCAUCGCAACUCGUCAAAACUCUACAUAUAUCAUUUUCACAGUAG